UUCCCGGGAUUAGUGGGCGGCCUGUGUCCGGUGGAAUGUGAGUUGUGUCCGGGCUGUGCUCUCCUGGAUGGAGCUCCCCCCCUCCUCUCCUCCUAUGACACGCUGAGCUCCCCGCUCCCCGCUCCCCUCAGUCCUCCAGCCCGGAGGGCGGACUAUCCUUUCUGCUAUUCCAGGCUCCUGUGCCGGGGAGCGACCAUGGGGCUCCAGCCGCUGGAGUUCAGUGAAUGUUACCUGGACAGCCCCUGGCUGAGGGAAAGGGUCCGGGCACACGAGGCCGAGCUGGACCGAACCAACAAGUUUAUCAAGGACCUGGUGAAGGAAGGAAAGAACCUGAUCGCCGCCACUAAGAACUUAUCCACAGCUCAGAGAAAGUUUGCCACUUCUCUCCGCGAUUUUAAAUUUGAAUUUAUUGGGGAUGCAGAAACGGAUGACGAGAGGUGUAUAGAUGCAUCUCUUCAGGAGUUUUCCAAUUUUCUAAGAAACCUUGAAGAGCAAAGGGAGAUAAUGGCAUUGAAUGUAAAUGAAACCUUGAUAAAACCCCUGGAGCGAUUUCGGAAGGAACAGCUAGGCGCAGCGAAGGAAGAGAAAAAAAAGUUUGAUAAAGAGACCGAAAAAAACUACAGCAAUCUGGAUAAACAUUUAAGCAUGUCUGCAAAGAAGAAAGAGCCACAGUUGCAGGAGGCAGAUGUCCAAGUGGAGCAGAAUCGACAAAAUUUCUUUGAGCUGUCACUUGAAUAUGUGUGUAAACUGCAGGAAAUCCAGGAACGGAAAAAAUUUGAAUUUGUGGAACCUAUGCUGGCUUUCUUCCAAGGGAUUUUUACCUUCUAUCACCAAGGAUAUGAACUUGCUAAAGAUUUUAGCCACUACAAGUUGGAGUUACAGAUCAAUAUUCAAAAUACACGGAAUCGCUUUGAUGGGACGCGGUCAGAGGUUGAAGAACUAAUGAAGAAAAUUAGAAAAAACCCUCUUGAGCAUAAACGUGCAAGCCCGUUUACAAUGGAAGGCUAUCUGUAUGUUCAGGAGAAACGACCAGCCCCAUUUGGUUCAAGCUGGGUAAAACACUACUGUAUGUAUAAGAAGGAUUUGAACACCUUCACAAUGUUCCCAUAUGAACAUAGAUCAGGAGGAAAAAUAGGGGAUGGAGAAAGCUUUUUACCGAAGUACUGCACAAAACGGCUUACAGACACUAUAGAUAGGAGGUUCUGCUUUGAUGUGGAAGCUACAGACAAGCUGGGACUACUAACAACUAUGCAGGCUUUUUCAGAAGAUGACCGACAAAACUGGAUUGAAAUACUGGGCGGAAAGGAGUCUCGGCUUCUCAGCCUGAGCAGAUCUACGACAAGAUCAGAAGGGGGAGCUCAACUUGACCAGCAUGGAUUUGCUGUUAUAAAAAACUGUAUCAAUGUAAUUGAAUCACGGGGUAUAAAUGACCAAGGAUUGUACAGGGUUGUGGGGGUGAGUUCAAAGGUCCAGAGACUUCUGAAUUUGUUAAUGGAUGUGAAAGCUGGAGGCGAUGUUGACCUAAGUGCAGCUGGAGAGUGGGAAGUCAAGACCAUCACAAGUGCUUUGAAGCUGUAUUUAAGGAGCCUGCCAGAACCACUGAUGACAUACGAGCUGCAUGAAAGAUUCAUCAAUCCUGCCAAAAGUGGAAGUCCUGAAUCCCGGGUGAAUGCCAUUCAUUUCUUAGUUUACCAACUUCCUGAGAAAAAUCGAGAAAUGUUGGACCUGAUCAUCAAGCACUUGGCUUAUGUCUCCAGCCAUGCCAAGAAGAAUUUGAUGACUGUAGCUAAUCUGGGAGUGGUGUUUGGCCCAACAUUAAUGAGACCUCAAGAAGAAACUGUAGCAGGCAUCAUGGACUUGAAGUUUCAAAACAUUGUUGUUGAAAUACUUAUCGAAAAUCAUGAAAAGAUUUUCAGAAACCUUCCUGAUGAUACUCUGGAUGAGACCACCUCAAUUUCUCCACGUGCCCCGCCAAGACAGUCAAAAAAACAUCGUAACAGAAGGCCUAUGGCCAUAUACAACCCCUGUGUUGAGCUAGAUAAUGAGAACAACUCUCCUAAAGAAGAUACUCCUACGGGUAGUACCGAUUCCCUUUCACCUCAGUCUCUCACUCCCACAGCCAUGUGCAGUGAUCCUGGUUUUGAUGAAAACCAUCUUAUUACAGACACCAGUGAUCUUCCGGAGUGGGCCAGCUCUGAGACAACGCAGGCGCACGCUCCUCUGGUGUCCUGGAUAAAUAGUGAAUCGCCUACAAUAUCAAGUGAACCUACCUCACCAGUUGAAACACAACCAUCACCUGCUAUAGACACUGAAACAUCGCCUGUACACCUCCUAUCUCCACCAUCUGACAGUAUACCUGGGAGGAAGGCGAUAGCAGUCUAUCCUUGUGAGGCAGAGCACAAUUCAGAGCUAUCGUUUCAAGUAGGGGAAGUGUUUGAAGAUGUACAUAACUCAAGGGAACCAGGUUGGCUGGAGGGAACCCUGAAGGGCAGACGAGGACUUAUUCCACAGAACUAUGUUCAGUUCCUCUAGCAGUAUGGACUUGAAGCUCAGACGCUGUACAUGGUAUCCAUGGAUUUUUGUUCCAGUUUACUUGUGUCUUGUUUUUGUGACUGCGCAGACCACUUGACCAGUUGGCGAAGGCCCCCCUAUAUGCUGAGAAUUACAAUUAACAUAGGAUAUACUGACCUAUAGCACUCCUCUCGUGUGAUCUUUGCUAAUGACCUUCCAGGUGUAUGUAAAAAAAAAUACCCCUUUUUUAAAAAAAAAAUCUCAGCGAAAGUAGGGGGCACUAAGAAUAGGUGCACUACAAGUGCAUUUAUCAUUUAAAGGAAAGGACAAGCAAUACUGCCAAACCUAAAACAUGUUUUAUUUAAUGUUUGCAUUUGUUAUUGUUUAUUUUUAUUUGUUUUUAUCAAUCACUGCUCCAGGCAACUAGUAUACUUUGAUUAUUAUGUCACUCAUUUCACAGUUUCAUUCCUGAGAGUAUUUUGUGUAAUUAUAUUUAAAUAGUGUGAUGUAAUGCCUUCCUGGCUACACAUGCAUGAAUUGACAGACACGGGACAUAUAUUUGUUGUUACCGACGUGUAACCCUGGUGGAGUGAAUAGAAGUCCCAGCAUUCCUUGCCUGCAUGAGACUAGCAGGAUAUGCUUGAACUUUUCAUUCAUCCUCCGCUGGGGCAGAUACGUUGCUGGACACCGUUCAGCAUAUUUGAUGUGCAAUCUUCUACAUAUUAUGACAAUUCAUUGGAGAGUAAAGGGGGGAAAAACGACAAUGUUGCAUUUUAUACUACUUUUUACAUUUACUCUUUUGUAGCUGUCACUUUUAUAAGCUUCCACUUGUUCAGUUUUAUUGUUUUUAAAGUAUAGUUCCUGCCAAAAUAAACUAUAAAUUUAUCCUAAAUAAAAAAAA